AGGUGUCUAUAUUGAGCUCUGAAUCUUUUACAGGAUAAUCUACUUUUUCAAGUAGAGGGCCCUUUUUUUUCUCCUUUUAGAGAAUCAGCAUGUUUGUCCAUUUAAGUAAUUUUGAGGAGAUCAAUGCUUAUCUUGAGCUGCAGAUGCCAUGAUGAUUGUGCAACGAAGCAGCUUGUUGUUCAGAGUAUUGCGUCACUUUGUGCCCCGGGCUUCUCUCUCUUCUUCCAAGAUGGCGAACGAAGCCGAACAGAAGAAUCUCAAACCUUUCCCGCAUUUCGGAACUUUGGCUAUCCAUGCUGGCCAAGAACCAGAACAGUGGAAUUCGAGGGCAGUCGUGCCGCCGAUUUCGAUGGCUACAACAUUUAAACAGGAUGAUCCAGGAGUUCAUCGUGGAUUCGAAUACUCGCGAUCGGGGAACCCUACAAGGAACUGCUUCGAAGCUUGUGUGGCGGCUUUGGAGGGCGCAAAACAUGGCUUGGCUACUUCCUCUGGUCUGUCAGCCACUAUGUUAUUGACUCACUUACUGAAGAGUGGUGAACAUAUCGUUUGCGUGGAUGACGUUUAUGGAGGUACCAAUAGGUACUUCUCGAAAGUGGCUGCUGCAAAAAUGGGAAUAGAAAUAUCAAUGGUGGAUGCAAGUGAUUUGAGUAAACUGAAAGCUGCCAUUAAACCUAUAACUAAGAUGGUAUGGAUUGAGACUCCAACUAACCCUCUACUGAAACUUGUGGACAUCCAAGGAGCUGCUAAAGUUGUUCAUCAACAUGAGGGAGUUAUUUUAGUGGUGGACAAUACAUUCAUGUCAUCAUAUUUUCAGCGCCCUCUGGCUCUAGGGGCUGAUGUUGUCAUGCACUCAGUAACAAAGUACAUGAAUGGUCAUUCUGACACUGUAAUGGGAGUUAUGUGCACAAAUGAUGAUGAAAUCUGCAACAAGCUGAGAUUCCUUCAGAAUGCUAUUGGUCCAGUGCCAAGUCCAUUUGACUGCUACCUUGCCAAUCGUGGUCUUAAAACUCUUCAUCUACGAAUGCGACAACAUGAAAUUAAUGCUACAGCUGUUGCAAAAUUUCUGGAAGGAAACUCCAGGGUGGAGAAAGUUAUGUAUCCAGGUCUAGAUUCAUAUCCACAACAUGAACUUGCCAAAAGACAGAUGACAGGCUUUGGUGGAAUGGUGACUUUUUUCAUCAAAGGGAAUUUGGAGAACUCCAAAAAGUUUUUUAAAUCAUCUAAGUUAUUUACACUUGCUGAGAGUCUUGGUGGUUUUGAAAGCCUUACAGAAUUACCGGCAAUAAUGACGCAUGCAUCAGUUCCUCCAGAUCAAAGGGAAGUAUUAGGAAUAUCAGAUACACUGGUGCCAGAUUCUCUUCUGUAGGGAAACAAAAUACACUGCAGGAUGAAAUAUGACCACAACAAAGGUUUUCUGAGCUGCCUGGGAAUUUGGAAUCUGAUAUUUAAAGAGAACAAAAUAUUACACAAACACCAAAUCUUAA